AUGCACGGAUUUGCUGCUAGAAAGUGCAGGACAGUAAAGAACAAAGAUGGAGAUGUUAUUCAACAAACAUUAGUGUGCUUUAGAGAGGGUAAAAGGAAAGACUAUGAUGGAAAUGCUGGUCAAAAGAGAAAGCGUUUUCCGAAGAAAGACACAAGAUGUGAGUGUAAGGCUCAUUGCAUGCUCCAUGUUCUCAAGGUUGACAACCGUUGGCAUGUUAAAUCUGUUUGUGAUGACCAUAAUCAUGUGCUUGUUGGAGACAAUUUGAUUGGACUGGCACCUGCCCAUAGGAAAAUGAAUGAGGCUGACAUUACUCAAUUGAAUUGCUAUAGGAUGUCAGGAAUCAGCACUCCAAAAGCUUAUGGUGUGUUUGCCAACCAGAUGGGUGGAUAUCACAAUGUUCCUUUUGGUCCGAGACAAAUGUACAAUGAACGAUUUAAAAAGAAUAAGGACAAAGUAUGUGAUGCGAGAGGUGUCGUUGGUUUCUUACGUAAGUUGAAGGAGAAAGAUCUUGAUCUGUUUUGGAAACACACUUAUAAUGAGGAUCGAAGGCUAGACAAGUUGUUUUGGAGUGAUGGUUGCAGUCGUGACAACUAUUCAUUGUUUGGUGAUGUGUUGGCAUUUGAUGCAACGUACAAGAAGAACAAGUACAAGCGGCCACUUGUUAUAUUCUCUGGGGUUAAUCAUCACAACCAGACAAUUAUAUUUGCUGCUACUCUAGUUUCCAAUGAGCAAGAGGAUACAUAUGUUUGGUUGCUUCAGAAUUUGUUGGAUGCAAUGCACGAGAAGUUUCCAGUGUCGGUGAUCACAGAUGGAGAUCUGGCAAUGAAAAAAGCGAUUAGAAAGGUUUAA